AUGUGUCACGCACAGAGGAAUUGUCAGCAAAAGAAAUUGCUUUGUCAGACAAGUUUAGCUAUGGUCACUGUAUUCGCAAGCAUUCAAAGGGCCAGCUCUCUCUCUCUCUCUCUCUCUCUCUCUCUCUCUCUCUCUCUCUCUCUCUCUCUCACUCUCUCACAUUACUUCAGCUGUGAACGGUGGGCGAAUUUGUAUUUGACCCCGCGCCGUACCAGGAGGAUGGCAGGGGUAGAGGAGGCCGAAGACUUUGGCUUUGGGUUUGAUGAUGUGGAGGAAAUGACCAAGAUGGCUGCCCCGGCCCCGGCUUCGGCCUUUGCUCGAACGGACGAUGAAGCCUUUGGCGAUUUUGACAAUGACGAUUUUGAUGAUGACGACGAUGCAGCCGCCGAGCCCGGGCUGGUAUCGGACCCUACCCCCGUGGCGUCUGCAGUCAAUUCUACCCACGUACCCCAUGCCGGCCUUGCGGGCGCGGUGGCUGCCCUUGCCCUAGAACCUCAAGAGGAUCGAGAGGUCAUUCAAACGCUCUUGAACAAGCGCUAUCCUCGCGCGACGCAAGCCAUCACCAUCCCACAGACCGCUGACAACUCCCUCACCAGCAUCAUCUUUGGCGGGGUCUAUAUGGAGGAUAUUGGCAAAUUCACGGUUGAAAUCAAAGAUCAAGACGAGGACGGUGGCUCAACCAUUGCCACUAUCGCCAAUCUGGAUGCUGAUCCUGGCACCAGCGUGCGUCGCGUGGUUGUGCUCCCGGAACCAGUGCCCGUCCUCCCAGGCGCCACCUACUAUGUCGUUGUGCGCUGGGUUUCGGGCAAGUUCAAGUUUGAAGUGGGCGAGAUUGGCCAGGCAAUGACAUGUACCGACCGCUAUAAAUUCUGCAUGAGCGCCACCGAGAACACUUGGAUUCGCUCCGCCAAGAACCAUUCGUAUCUCUUGAGUGUUAAGCUCGAAGCCAAUUUGGAUGCCGACCCUCGCCGGGGCGAACUGAGCAACUGGCUGGAUCACAUCAAAACUUCGGCAAAGAAGGGAACUCUUGCGCGCCGCAUGUCCAUCCGCAAGCGUCAUGCUGCAAGAUUUUUUGUCCUGGACGGCUUUCAACUGCGCUACUACCGAGAGGUGGACGGCGAGAUGAUCGACGUGAUCUCACUCCGCGAUGUUGUGACCAUGAAUGAGCCAAGUGAUGAUAGCACAGUCAUCAUUCUCGAGUUGAAAAACGCCGAGCAUACCAUCCGGUGCCGGAAUAAGCCGCAAUGCGUGCAGUGGUGUCGCAUGCUGGCGGAGAAACUGACCAAAGUCCAGACCCUGCAAGAUGGUCACGACGACAGCAUGGUGUAUUGGCAUGGCAACGCUGGUCGUGGCCGUGGCCUGGGUAGACUCGGCUUGAGCCUGGUUGCUGUAUCGGUCAUGGUGUUGGGGUUCGACGUCGGACAUGUCAAUCUUCAUAACGAGGCCGUCAUGGACACUGACGUCAAUGGAACCUUGCUAAUCCAGGCAUCUGGCGAUGUGAACAUCACCUCCAGCGGCCGUAUUCACGUCAAUGGCCUCGACGUUAGCGCCGGGCUGGCUCGUUGGCAGCGCUGGGAAGAAUACAUCAAUGCUCGUCCACAAAUGUUUUGGAACGAGGUCUCACCCCACAGUGUAACCAGCUCGAUGAAUUAUCCUCUGAACGCUGCUCUGGCUGACCUAGACGCCGACGGAGACCUCGAUGUGCUUGGCACCAGCCUCAACUCGGGUCGCUUGGACUGGUUCCGCAAUGAUGGCUCGGGUCGCUUCGACGGACCUCGCCUUGUUCAUCAGAUGAAUGGCAUGUCAGCUGUGGCCUCGGCCGAUCUUGAUGACGAUGGCUUUCCGGAUGUUCUGGCUGCCAGCCGCACCCAAGGAGCUUUUCUCUGGUUCCGCAAUCUCGGGAAUGGUGGCUUUGCAAACGCGUCCGUCGUGACCGACGGCAUGAAUUAUCCCAACGCAUUGGCCACUGCCGACCUGGAUCUCGAUGGUCGCCUGGAUGCCAUGGUGGCCAGCUACGGUGAUGGCAAGCUGUCUUGGUUCCCCAACGCGGUGGCUCCGAACGGGACCGUGGCAUUUGGGGCACAGCGCAUUAUUGAUCACGUAGCCUAUCCGCUGUCCAUCGCGGCGGCCGACCUGGACAACGACGGGAAGCCGGACAUUUUGGCCCCGGCGCGAGACGCCCAUCUCGUCGCAUGGUAUCGCAACCUCGGCAAUGGCUCCUUCUCCGCCCAACGGCUAGUGUGCUCCAACUGCUCGCGUCCGCUCGCUGCCUUUCCCGCCGACGUGGAUGACGAUGGCUGGAUCGACGUGGUGGUGAGCAGCGUUAGUGCGGUCACCUGGUACCGCAAUUUGGGUGCGGCGGGCUUUGCCCCCGGCGUUGUCCUAAAGGCCAACGUCAAUAACGCCUAUUCAGUUCUGGCUGCGGAUCUGAACCUUGACGGGCGCCCCGACGUGGUCUAUGCCAGCGCUGAUAAUGAUGAGAUCGGCUGGUUUCGAAAUACGGGCAACCAAAGGUUUUCGCCCGAGCUGCCCCUCAACACUGCAGCCGAUGGCGCCCGCUGGGUCGGCGUUGGUGAUCUGAAUGGUGACGGCAAUCCCGACGUUAUUUGUGCCAACCGCGAUGCAGACUCCAUAGACUGGUAUCCCAACAAUUAUUGGUUUUAA